AUGUCUGAAGACAAUAUCUCCAUUACCACCCCUACCUCCCUCGACAGCAUCCCGACGUCCGCGAUGAGCCUUCAGCCACCGAAUCCGCUGCCCGAGGUCCCUUCGCCGUCUACUAGCAGCAAAGGAAAGGAGAAUGAGCCAGAUAUAGAGGAAGACGAAGACUACUUCAUGCAGAGUAGCUUCGUAUACUUCCAGGUCGAGAACCGCCUGUUCCACGUGCCCAGCUACCGAUUCACGUCCGAGUCUCAUAUUUUCUCUGGGAUGUUCAAGCUACCCCAGGCAAGCUCUGUCGAUGUCGAGGGUGCUACUCGCGAGAACCCGAUCAAGCUGCCCGACGGAGUGGACGGUAUUCGCCAUGUCGACUUCAAAAAAUUCAUGAAGGCCUUAUACCCACUCAACGUCGCCCUCACCCUCUCGCUCUCGAAAGCCGAGUGGAUAUCGGUCUUGAAGCUGUCGAGUUUCUGGUACUUCUUGAACUUCAGGAAGAUGGCCAUAUCUGAGCUAGAGCGGAUGAACGAGCUCACCUCUGUGGAGAAGAUUACAUUGGGCCGGCACGUCAAUAUUUCGCAUUGGGUCGUCAGCGGGUUUGAGGAGCUCAUCCAAAGGGACGAACCCAUGACAAAAGAAGAAGCGCUCGUUAUCGACUACGAAACCACAUUCUCUCUGUUCAGAAUCAGGGAAAUGCGGUUGCGGGGCGCAGUUCGGGCUGGUAUUAUUGCAAAGAACUUGGAACGCGAUUUCGAGUGGGAGCUCGGAAAUAUCAGAGCGGAAGAGGAGGAAUACGAAGGUGUCAUCGAGGACAUCCCGCUUGAGGUACCUCAAGAAGUGUCAUGUUCUCCCAUUACCGAAGACCCGACACUGCCAAUCCCUUUACCUCAUGAAGGGGAGAAGAGGCGAUGCGAGGAGGAAGUGCGACGGAAUGAGCAGCGGGAGUAUGAGGAGGAGGUCAGACGAAAAAAGGAGGCGCUCAGACGACGAAAGGAGAUGAAACUGCAGGAGGAGGCGAGAGUACUGGAGGAGGCGAGAGUACUGGAGGAGAUCCCGGCCCUCGUUCUCAACGACCUAAACCAUCUUUACCCAGAUCCCCGGAGCGACUUCGCCAUCCACCUCAGCGCCGCGCGCGCGGAGCUCGAUAGCAUGAACGGCGCAUACACAGCGCGCCAAUCGGACGCCGAGAAAGUCUUCAAAAACCUGUCCAACCAGCGAGACGCACACAAGAAAGAGAACGAGGAGCUCAAGCAAGAGAUAAAGGGCCUGCGGAUGCAACUUCAGGCCGCCCAGGCCCGGCUAGGGCUCUGGGACCGGGACCAGCUACAGCUGCUGGGGACGACUACUUUCCGGGAGACGCACAACGCUAGUGCGCCACCAUUCCCACUUCCAAUGCCUAACGGAAUUGGUACUGGCAUUGGUGGUGUACCCAACGGUGCGCCAAAUGUUGUUGUUAAUGGCACAGGCGCGGUGAACCAGGACGCUACCUCGAUCUUCAUCCUCCAAAAUCGUGUAAUGAGCCAGCUCAAGGCACUGAACGACCAGAUCGCGCGCUUCGCAACCACCGCGGGCGACUCGCUCGUCUGGGGACGGAAGUCCCACAAAUCGAAGGAGGAAUAUGACGAAAACUACAAGGAGGUGGAGAGCUGCAUUGGCAAACAGCUCGCGUUCGCGUUGUCACAGCAGCCGAAGAAGGAGGCGGGCGUGAACGCGCUGCUCGCAAGGCUCGUAACCCAGGUCUUGCUCGUGAGGAUAUGUUAUCGAAAGAUCGACGUGCAUUCGCAGGAUGGCGCGCGGGUUCUGGUAGGCGAGGUAUAUGAAACUCCAGAAUACCACCAAGCACAGUGGCAAGCACCCGCGUUCGUUACUAACCCUGGGCCACGGGGUCAAACGCCCCUGCCCCCACCAAACGACAUCUCUCUGGCCGAAGCAAGAGAUGCCUUCCAAACGGUCUUCAGGCUGCCGAGCUGGAUCCCUAGCGACACAGCAAAGUUCGAGCAGCACCUCUCGCUCAUACUCAAAGCCGCACAGGACCUCCGGGGCAAACUCAGCGGAAGACCGAAGCGCUUUGCGUCCACGUCCGCAUCGCUCGAGGUCAGGAUCGUGCGCCUCAGAGGACUGUCAUACGAUCCCUUGUAUAUGGAAGAGGGGUAUAGCGAUUGGCGGACCGCUGCUGUGCAUCCUAGUGUUGACGAUCGCGUUGUUGCGACGCUGGGCCUAGGGUUGGUCAAGAUCACCCCGCCGAGAGCCCCGUCGGAGUGUUUGCGGCAUGAGUUGAUCGUGAAGCCGAAGGUAUUGGUGGAAUCUGGGUUGAAGGAGGCGGAGAGCUACUUGUCUCGGGGAGUAGCGCCGGAGAGGCAACGUCGAAGGUGA